AACAUCCGUUAGUCUCAUCUCUAAAUUGACAGGCGUUUUUCUGACAGAAUUUGUGGCUUUGCAUUGCGUACGAAAAUUAACGAAAGGAAAACCCGAAAACGUGAAAAACAUUCGACUAGACUGGAGUGAAAACUAGCCGAAGGUAGUGAAAAAACGCACGUUGAUCGUAGUUUUUUCCAAAAUAACUGCACGCGACUGUAGAAACCGCUGUGCGUGUGUUAGUGUGAGUCUCUCGGCCAUUCCUUUAUUUUUUUUUUGUCCGUUUUCGCAAGCGUGUGUGUGUGGUCGCAUCAAAUUUACCGAUAUUCCGGACAGUGAGCGAAACGGGCGAGGAAAACGCGCAGUGUGAAAAGGAAAUAACACGGGGGGAAAAACGAAGAAAAAAAGCUAACGAAACAAGCAAAAUUUGCUUCAGAAAUAAAAACAACAGCAGGCAUUUAGUUCUGUUCGGAGAGUAUUGGCGAAAAAAACGCAAACCCAACAACAUCAUCAAAAAGGACGAACCGCACAAACACAAACGGAAAUUUAACAACGUUAAAAAAAGAGGAGCGCAGAGCAGCGCCGCGACACGAACAACAACAACAAUCAGCCAGCAGUCGCAGCAGAAGAAGCUUCAAGAGCCGCCAAAAUGAGCAAGCCACUCUAUGAGACCCCGCUGACCAUUGACCCGGAGCAUGAAUUGCGCUUUGUUGGACCCUUCAAUCGGUCCGUCGUCACAAUCAUGAGUCUGCGCAACAAUUCGGCUUUGCCCUUGGUCUUCAAGAUCAAGACAACCGCCCCGAAGCGCUACUGCGUACGUCCAAACAUUGGCAAGAUCCUGCCCUAUCGCUCGACCCAGGUGGAAAUCUGUCUGCAGCCAUUCAUCUACGAUCAACAGGAGAAGAACAAGCACAAGUUCAUGGUGCAGAGCGUCCUGGCACCCACGGAUGCCGAUUUAACCGAUUUGAAUAAAUUGUGGAAGGAACUGGAGCCGGAGCAACUGAUGGACGCCAAGUUAAAGUGCGUGUUCGAGAUGCCCAAUAACGAUGCGAAUUCUGAAAACACUAGCGGCGGCGCCGGUGAUAUCGGCGUCGGCGGCGGCACCGGCAGUGCCGGAGGUGGCAGCGCGGGCGCAAACACUAGCUCAGCCAGUGCCGAGGCGCUCGAGAACAAGCCCAAGCUAUCCAGCGAAGAUAAGCCCUCGAAUUUGCCAGAUGCAGGAGAAUCCGUGGAGUCGAUGGCCGGAACGAUUAAGGCUCUGCGUGAGGUCAACAGCGAACUGCGAAAAGAAAUUCUCCACUUGAAGGAUCAAAUCACACGCUACCGCAGCUCGGCGGCCAUGAAGCAGGUUAAUGAGCCCUAUGCCCCAGUUUUGGCUGAGAAACAGAUUCCAGUCUUUUACAUUGCAAUUGCCAUUGCUGCGGCCAUCUUGAGCCUUUUGCUGGGCAAGUACUUUCUCUGAAUGCCAUAAACACCACAACACCAACGACAGUAACACGUAACAUGCAACAUGCAGCAGCAGCAACAACAACAUCAACAACAACAUCAACAACAACAACAUGCAACAGCAACAACGAAAGGCAAGCAGCAGGGGCAUUCAAAACAUCAUGUAAAAGCUGCACCAUAACAACAGCAAGAAAACAAAACUAAACAAGGAGAAAAAAAAAAAAAAAACAACAAAAAAGACAAAGACAAACAAAAAAGUUAAGAAAUUCAUAAAUAUAUAUAUUCGCAAAUGGUAAAAUCCCUAUUUCAAAUCAAGGCUCAGAUUUUUUUUAUUGCAUUUCUUUUUUCGUUUCCCAGUUUUUUUUUUUUAUAUUUUACAUUAACGUUAACGUUAAAAAUGUUACUUGAAAAGUGAUUUACAACCUAUAUAUAUAUAUUUGUCUUAGUCGUUUUAAAUAUGCAUUUCGAAAAAGUUGGAAAACAUGGACAAAAUUGCGUUGAAGUAUUUUUAAGGAAAAACAAGCUUAAUUUAAAAACCCAAAAUUAAAUAAACACACACACUAUUCUAUAUAUAUAUAUACAUUUAUUUCUCAACACCGAAUAAACUUGAGUUUUAUAAA